CUGGGCAGACUGAGGAAUGGGGUGAUGAUGCCACUCACGGAAGCAGGCGCCCCAGCACAAGGAGGGGGCCCUGCAGGGACGGGGUGGGCCAGGCCAGCACUCUGCAGAGUAUACCUGGUGGUACCCAGUCUGCUGAAGACCAGGGCAUCCAGAAGGGGUGAGACAUCACAUGUCCUUGAGGACCAGAAGAGCAGCCGCGCCAGGGGAAGGCGAUGGCGCCUCCCGCGGCAGAAGUCUUUUCUCCACGGCCUCUGCCGCCCCCUGCGUCCCCACCCAGGCUUCGGAGAGUCUGACUCAGCCGAGCUCGCAUCGCUUCACCUCCUACCACGCACCCGGAGCGCGCGGAGAAAUUACAGGAUUGCAGGGGCACGGCUAAUGCGCUCUAAUUACCCACCGCCGCUCUUUUCCGCGGCGCUCUGCUGCGCUGGGCCAACGCACCCUAAUUAGGCCGCCCCUCCCCGGUCCCAGAACCCGUUCCCUGUCCCCAGUCCUCAGGAGCGCGAGCGUUGGCUUUGCCCGCCGACGCCUCCUGUCGCCUUCCUAAACUGCCCCAGAAGAGAGCCCUGAGACCCCACCUGUGAUGGAGAGAGGGAAGGAGCAGGACU